AUGAGAGCCGGUCCGACUGGCAACCUGGAUUCACUCAGGGCUAAUACAAAAAAUAUGGCCAUUCCACAUCGUAACCUGCAUUUACGAUACCAGUUCGGCGGCUAUUCCACCGGCGGCUUCGGUGGCUCGGAAGGCGGUCAUGACUUCGGUAGUCAAGGUCACGACUUCGGCAGUCAAGGCCACGACUUCGGAGCUCAGAGCCUCGACGCCCACAGCUUCGGUGGUCACGAGUUCAAAUCUCACUCUUACCCAGUCCACCAACACAUCGACGAAGAAAGCCCCGAGCCCAUCAAGCACUACAAAGAGAUAGUAGUCCCCGUUCCUAAGAACGUAGAGUUCAAAAUCAACCAACCCAUACUCAUCCCAGUACCCCAUCCAGUACCAAUCCAGGUUCCAGUACCCAAAGCUGUAGUUAUUCCCAUUAUCAAAGAGGUCUCCAUUCCAGUCGAGAAAUCUGUACCUUACCCGGUCGAGAAACAAGUGCAUGUACCCAGAAUCAAGGAAGUACCAUUCGAAGUGGUCAAACAUAUCAUUGUACCUGUAGAGAAACCUGUACCUUUCAAAGUUCCAGUUUACGAGACCAUCAUUCACACAAAGAAAGGAUCGCACAAGAUUUAA